UCAUAGAAAAUUCUGACAGUUCCGAACCAUCACAAGAAUAAUGUCGUUUUUAUUACAUUUUUUGAUAAAUUAUUAUUCUAGUUUCGAUCCGGCGGUGAUACAACGGCCUUAUCGAUUUUCCUAUUUAGCGCACCACAGUUUAUUGUACUUUUUCGAAAGGUCUACGUUUGUGUGUCUAGCCGCUUUCAAAAAUUAUUUAAGUGUUUUUUCAGACAGUACAGACGUCGAAUGCGUUCUCGUAAAUUGAUAGUAAUUCGACUCAUUACAGUGUUAAAUAUCUUGUUGGAAUAUGGGUUAGCAAGAGGAGGAAUUAUGUGACAGUGAUUUUAUGGUGUGUGUGUGUAGUGAAAAUUGUUUUUACUAUUUUGUAUUAUACAUUCCAACUGUGAAAGUGUUGUGUUUUGUGCCUACGGAUGCCGAUGCCCUGUAUGAUUCUUGGAUGCAUCGUGAUUCGACUCACAUACUUAAAUUGCUUGAGGUUCGAGAACAUUCCAGCGGCAGGAUGGCGCCGCAACAGUACUGCCUCCGAUGGAAGCACCACCAUUCGAACGUGCAGAGUAUGUUCGCUCAGCUGCUGGAGAAAGAACGUUUCUGCGACGUGACGCUGUACUGUUCGCCGAAUUUCGCAACGCAAGUGUCUAACAAGGAUGUCGAUCCGCAGAAUAUACGUGGGGUGUCCCUCAGGGCUCACAGAGUCGUGCUCGCGGCGUGCUCGGAACUGCUCGGCGCGCUGCUGGGCGCGCACGAGUCGCUCGGCGAACCGGUGCUGGUGAUAGAUGGCGCCGAACCGAAGCACGUGCGCGCGCUGCUCGACUACAUGUACACGGGCGAGAUGAGCGUGCACCACUCGCAGCUAGCUGGUCUCCUGAAAACGGCCGAGGAGCUCCGGAUAAAGGGGCUCACGGACAUCCGGUGGAGUAACAAGGACGAGCCGCCCGAUUGUACCACAGGAGCAGUGACCGCAACGCAAAUGUCCAAGCCCGAUGUUGAUAAGCCAACCGACAGGAAUACAUCCGACGUCAGGUAUACACCCGACUUGAAGAGUACACCCGACUGUAAGAGUACACCCGACUGCAGGAAUACGCCCGACGUGAAACCGAAUUUCAACUCGAAGAGCGACGCGGACGUCAGGUUUCCGGAUAGGAUACAGUUCAAAAGCGAAGACGACGACAUCGGAAAGGAGAAAUGUAGUAUAAAUGGUGGCCCACCGCCAUUGAUAAAGUUGCCGCUUAAGGAAAACAAAAAUAGCCUCUUGAAACGGGAUCACUCGGACACAGAAAGCCAAAGUCCCAAACGGCAAAGGUUGACCAGCGGCACUGAGCACACGGACGACGAAUCUUCGGCGCAUACUAUAAAAACGGAAAGGGAAGAAUGGAGACACGGCAAUUUGGACAUAACAGCGGAACGCGUGGUCGGUUGGGGCGCGAGCGAAGCGGAGCGCGGCGACUGGUCGCGCGACGGCUCCGACGACGAGUGGGCCGACCCGCCGGCCGACAUCGGCUCCUUCCUGCACACCAAGCUGCGCGUCGACGGGGACAAUAGCGCCGACGAAGAAUCGGAUGACAGCGCGAUGGCGGUGGUCGGUGCGCGUGCGCAUGCUUCUUCCUCGUCGUCAACAACGAGCACUUCGCACCAGGAGUUGUUGAAGCCGACAAAAGGCGGCGCCGGCGGCGCCUAUAUCCAUCCCUCUCACACACACCCGCUGACCGUAUGUCCGUUUCAGGUGAUGGACGCGGUGCGACUGAAGGAGUUGGAGAUGAAACAAGCGGCGGAAAUAUUGGGCGUCAGCUACGGGACAUUGUACGGGAGGUAUCGGGACGUGUACGGGUGCAUCAACAGGCCGUAUAGAACGGCCCGCGACUUCUGGCAAGCGAAGGGGCCGUCGGAGGUGCUGGACCGGCUGCAGCGCGGCGAGCUGAGCCUCGAGGCGGCGGCGCUCGCGCUCGGCGUCAACCCGUCCAAGCUGGCCGCCUACGUCGCCGACGGGCCGCCCUCGCUGGACGCGGACAAGGAUAAAAAUUUGGCUUAUUUCUUGCGGCAUACUGAGGACGCAGUUCUCGGCAUGAGCGCACCGAACCUAUCCACCUACGUGUCUCCGGACAUUCAGACUAAAAACAAAGCGGACAGGGACGCGAACGAUUUAGACACGGAUGCAAUUUUUCCAAUGGACGCGAAGGGUCGGCCGAGGUCCUAUAUGAAGAAAGAAAUUACACAAACUAAGACUAAAAAAUUGAUAAGCAAUACGGAUGAAGAACUAUCGGUUAUCGUAUCAUCGACACCGGACACUUCGAUUUUUACAUCACCGCAACCAACACAGAGCAGCUCGUGGCCGACUAUACGCGUGGCGAGUAUAGAAUCGCUGCGAGGCUCGGACACAGCGCCCUCUCCCUCCCAAUUGAUGAAAACUCGACCGGACCUCACUAUAAUAGCCGCGAAACGCGAUAAGGACGAAACGUGAUAAACUGGCCCGUCUUGCCUCAACUGUGGUCCUUGUCAACUGUCAUCUGUCACCUGUCAGUGUCGUCGGUUUGUUUUUCUUUUUAUGUGUCUGCCACCCGCCAGCUGCCAGUGUCAUGUAUGAAUGUCAAUGUCAGUGUCGAUUUUGUCGUUUGUUUUUUUUUUUGAUCUUGCCAGUGACGAGAUUUGAUUGUUUUUUUUUUUCGUUUUCAUUUAUCGAACCAGUUUUGGCUGCGGACGGCUGGUUAGGUGAAAUAGUUUAAUACCCAAUAUAAAAGUUCCGAAUUUAACUUCACCUUUAUCUAAUAUUAUGUAUUCUAAUUUUUCUAUGUGCUUCACUGUUACAACUGAAAUUAAUUUCGUCAUUCGUUUAAAUCGUUGUAACGGAAUGUUGGAUCUAUAUUAUUUAUAUUUCUGACAAAUCUUUUUUAUUUAUUUUUUCAUCUUAUUUUUACAACCACGUUUUGCAAUUUGUUAAUUUAUUAAAUGAAAACAUUUCUAUGCAUAAAGCUACCAAAAAAGAAAUUCGUUUAAAUAGAACAAUUUGUGUAUGAGAGAGUCGCUACGAAAAUAAAUCUAACUUGUGAUUUUUUUUUAACAAAUUUAUUACUAGAUUUUUAAAAAUAAACUCGGUCAAGUGACAGUCAGACUCACGAUGCUCGAGCAUAAAUAUGCAAAAAAAAAAAAUUAUCACCCAUAUUCAACUACGGUGCCAAACAAAAAUUGAGCAUGCGCUUAUAGAGUUUUCAUUGAAAUAGACCGUGGAAUUUACCGGACGAUCUAUUUGAAUUUUCCAUCAAUUGAAAUUGUCUUUCAUAUUGUUAUUUGAUGACUUAUUUCUUGCUCUCUCAUACACAAACACAUUUUAUAGAUCUUGAAGGGAUAAUAAUGAAAUUAAAUCGAUAUCCCUUUUUGUAAUGACUUAUUGAGUGACAGUUAUUACAGCAUUGUUACACAAAAAGAAAAUUAAUGAAAUGAUAGCAUAUACGCAAUUUCCAAAUCUAAUUAAUGACAUUAAUUUUUGAAACAAUGCAUUCUUAUAUCUACCGCGUGAUGCCAAAAUUCGAAAAUAUCAUUAAACAAAUUUUUUUAAAGUUUGAUGCUGUCAAAAAUUUAAUGAUAGUUUGUUAAAUUGUUAUAUAUAUAUGAUUAUGUAUAUGAUUCUCGGUUUUUUGUUAACUAAUCCGGUUAUGAAAUAUUUAUUUAAAAAAAUGCGUGCUAGAAGAGUUUUUAAAAAGUUGAUUUUCUAAAAAAGCUGAAAUCUAUCGCCACAUACAUUGGCACGGAAUACAACGUCGAAUAUCUUUUGAAUCUUAUAUUAUUAUUAUUAUAUUAUAUAUACAUUCGUUAUUUUCUAAGUGUAAUUGAUAAUUCAUCGACUAACUUUAGCGUUAGGCAUGUAAAUAAAUAUUUUGACCAAUAAAUUUACUAUUUGAAUAAAAAUAUAUUAUGUUAUAUCUAACUAAUUCGAUGUAGGUAUAUGAACAAAUAUCCAUAAAUGACUAACGUAUGAAAUGAUAACGUGACCCUUUUGUGUACUCUAAUAAUUAAUUCGUUUUGCUUACGGGGGGUCGGUUUUGAUGACUUCGACGUUGGAAUAUUAUCGAAGAGUUUGCCGAAAUUAACUGUACGUGAGUAAAAAGAAUAUAAUGAAAAUAAAGUGGACGUAAUGAAAUCAUGUCUCGCGACUGAUGUUAGAUGUGUGUAAUAUAGGGUUAGAUUUUGCAAAUAUAUUGAAAUUAUGAAUAAAGAUAUAUUUUAGUAUAGAAAUUAAAUGAAAAUUAAUAGCUUAUUUAUAUAUAUAAAAAAAUAUAUUAUCUGAUAGCUAAUAAGUUGUGUAAGUUUAUUAUAACUUUGUACAUUAAAACUCUGUCGAAAUGAAUGAAAACCGUCACGUAGUUAAGGUUAUACGUAGAUCGAAUGAUUUUAAUUGUAAGAGACACUUCACACUGUUCCUUGAGAGUUAUUGUUUCGUAUCAGUUGCGUAUGAAUAUAUUAAUGCUAUAUUAUAUAAUCGUUGUUUUAAAUGUUAUGUAAAUGACAAGCUUACAGCAAUCUAUUUUUGUUUAUUUUUUUUUGUUCUAUAUCUAUUGUUUCAAAUUUGUAUUUAUUGAAGUUAUUUCUUUACGGAUUUAUCUGAAAUUUUGUUAAUUAUGUGAAUGCUACUGAUAUGUUUAUUGUCUAUUAUAAAUCAUAUAUUUUAAUAUGAAACUUUAUUUUCUAAUUUGGAUUCGAAUAACUAACGAAAAUUGUGUAUUUUCAUUACACAUUUUAUAAAGUGACCCCACUCGUUGUAAGAAUAAGUAUCAAUGGUUUUUUUUUUUAUACUUGAGCCAUUUGUUUUGAAAACAAAACACAAUCAAUAUGACAUACACAUGAAAUAUAUUUGAGACCAAAAUGAAUUCUACUGCUCUGUGUUCUACAAUACGUUUUUAGAAUAUUGCUUAUACUCAUACAGUUUAUUUGUAUUGCAGAACAGCUAUUCGAAAAAAAAAAUCAUUAAUGAAUAUUGGCUUCAUAAUUCAACAAAAAAAUUGAAAUUUCAUUAUCAAAAACUAUUAUAUCCUAACUUAUUUCCACCAGUAACACCACAUAAAAAGGGAUGUGUUUAAAUCAAUUAUUUUCUUGCAAUAAAUACAAACUUUUACUUUUUAAAGUAGUAACACUAAUACAAAAUUUUAUUAAUGAUAUUUUAUCAUCCCUUCGCCCAAGUUCGAGUCUUUUGACGUUAAUAUAAUGUUAUAUGUAAGAUGUGUUGAUUGAUGUAUGUUAAACCUUUUUUUAUUUUUAUUAUCAAUGCUGUUUAUUAGAAGGCUGAUUGAAUAAUUAUUGAUGAAAAUUAAUGUAAAAAAACUUUCGAAACUAUCGAAAAUACUUAAUGAUUUUUAUCAUUAGUGACUUUCUCAUUAAUGUAAUAUCAUUAUUCUCGUGUAAAAUAUAUUUUUGAUUGUUUUCACAUAAAUGUAACACGGAUACUAAUAUUUUUGUUCGUACUGAACGUUUGUCAACAUAAUAAAUAAAAAGAAAUUAAUUUCAUGCAUUGUCUUAAUAAUAACACACACGUAUUAUUAUUAAGGAAGCAACUUUCAUAAAAAUCCUCUUUGUAUACUGCUAAGGAAAUAUUAUUAACGUGAAGGUAUAAAUUUACAAUGGUACGUCCACACCGGUCUUAGUUCAAAACAUCACUCGAAGUCGCAUUCAACCAAAGAAGCAACGAAGGAUUGGGGAAUCGUGAUCGUAUACGCGACUUUUAGCUUUUCUAUUUCUUUGAUUUUACGCACUUUCGUUACGUUUAAUUAAAGCGGGUUCAAAUUGCGUUCUUAUUUCGCUAUUUUAUACGCGCGGCAGGAAUAAAUCGGGAUUUAAAACUGUUUAAUUUCUAAAUAACGUAUUUAGAAGAAAACUAAGCUCCGUGUGGACGCACCGUUGGUUUAUAAAUAAGAGUACUCAAGACAGAUUAUUUUAUAGAAAACAAUAGAAGUAUUAUUACUAUUAUGUUUAAGUUUUUAAGCACAGGCUAUAUAACAUACUCAUAUUAUAAAUAUUGUACUUUGUUAAGUGUAAUUUUUAAGUUAGUUAAAGUUUUUUGAGGCCAUUCUACCCUCUCUAUUCGAAAAUUUAUAAAGAAAUUCUAUGGAGGUGACAUAAAUGCAAUUUCGAUGUCACCGUUUUCUAAACCAUGUCAAGAAGUUAAAAAACCAUUGACUAAAUGUGUUUAAAAAAAAAAGAAAACAAGUUUUUAUCUGUUGCAUUCAUUUUUGAUAUGUCUCCCAGAAAAUUUGACAGGUAAACAAUCAUAAAUCCCACCCCUGUUACACUUUAUUUAUAAUCUGUCCAAUCGAUUGGAUGUCUCGUACCAAAUUAUGAUUUUAAUUUAUUUAGGUUUAAUUUUUAUUGUUAUAACUCAUAGGUUAAUAUAAUUGUUGGAGAUAGGUUUGAUUUUUACUCUGUGAAUACGUUUUUGGACGUUUAUAUUUGAAUAAAUAAUAAUAUUAUUUAUGUAAAAUAUACAAAAAUGCGUAUUCACAAAGUGUCAAACCGAAUAAUCGCAAUUUAUUGUUAUAUUUUGUAACUCAUUAAUUUUAUUAUCAUUGUAUUAUUUAUAAAGCGACAGCGCGGGAAAAUUGACAGUUGUUUUUUUCAACAGAUUAAAAAUUACUCCCAAGUAACGAGUUUGUAUGCAUUCGUCCCGCCCCAUGUCGCUUUUUUACAAAUAUCUACAUACCUACCUGUUAGGCUUAUUAAAGAUUAAAAAAAUAUCAUAU